AUGCGUUCCCUUUCCAUUCUUUCGUUCAUGGCGAUGACCAUGAUGAUGUCUCUUGCACAAGCUGCAGUCAUUUUACGUUUGCCGCAUCAACCCGCACUGCUUGAUCCUCUUAAUGGAACUACAGUCGCCCAAGUCAACUUGACAAGUGUACAAGUCAAUUGCACAUCUACCAUUCGUCAUGCUACUUUGCGUGCAAACGAAUCAGUGAUUACGCUUCAAGGCGUCGCCAACAAUACCAAUGAUGAUUGCUUUGCUGCCAAUGUCACCUAUCGACCUGCUAGCUUUUUUACGGUGUACACAAAGUCUGUGGCAAGCAUCCGUGAUGCCAACCACACCCUUCAUCGUGGCAAGAAAUGUGAAAUCAUGGUGCCCGAAUGGUCCAUGCCCAUCAAUGCAACUGAAAAGCUCAAUGUGACGCUGCCUCUUACCAACUUGACAUCCAUCAAUUGCACAUUCCCAAGCAGCAAGAAGAAGGGCUCCCAUCAUCACCAUAGUAGCAGCCAUCAUCAUCCUACUAACACAACGAGUAGCCAUCAUCAUAAACCUACUCCUACAACAACGUCUCACAAGACAACGACCACAACCACAAUAACGACUACAACAACAACCCACAAGCCCACCACUACCACAACAACUACCACCACCACGACCACACACAAGCCAACCAAGACAACUACCACACACAAACCCACACACACAAGCGGUGGCGAUGAUAGUGAUUGGAUUAACGGCAAAGUGACCUUUUUCACACCUGACCAAGGCGCUUGUGGUGACUGGAAUGACGACGAUGAUAUGAUUGUUGCAUUGGGUCCCUAUUGGUAUGGCGACAUGGACUCUGUUAGCAAGUAUUGCAAUCGAAAGGUCAAAAUUGAAGGUCCCUCAGGUAAUAUCAUCGAAGCGAAAGUAAAAGACGCCUGCCCUCCUUGUUCGAAGGAGCAUUUAGACCUUUCUCCUGCCGCUUUCGGAAAAUUGGGCGAUUACGAUACUGGCAUUCUCAAAGUCAAGUGGCACUUCUUGUAA